CCCCCCAGAUUGGGCCCUGGUAAUGCAUGCGGGGUGAGGGUCGCGGCGCGCAGUUUGUGCAGCCUGGGGUGCUCGCCCAUGUGCUCACCCUGGGUGCACGAGCCACUGAGUAACGUUCUGGUGGAGAGGGAGAGGGGCAGGGCUUUGCAAGACAGACCCGCCGAGGUGAUUAAGGGUGCUGACUUCUUUCCUGGGAUUACUUAGGAGGAGGAAGAGGGGUUUGACUAAAGAGGUUAGAAACCCAGCAAGGAGAUAGUAGAUGGAACAUCCCCUUUACCCACUCCCCAUCCCCUAGGCAGACACACAAGGUUAGCUGUUUACUUCUUAGGAAGUCUGUAGCGAUGGUGAUAGUGAUGGUGGAAGGAGUGAAUAAGGGGGGCUAACCUGGCUAGCUUUCUGUUUGCUUUUCCUGCAAGUGUUCCAGCAACAGGUGUUUCCUUAAAACAAAAAGGCAUGAACUUGGAUUGGGGCUUGACUGUGAACUCUUGUAAAGUAUAACUGCGACGUGUUGCCUCGGGAGCUUCUGAAUGUGGCCCCUCACUGGGGAUGUGGAUUCUGUCUUUAGGUCUGGAUUUUGCAGAAUGAUAGUGCCCAUCGUUACCUGUGCUGUAAGUCGCUGGCCAGGUCUCUGGUAUUAGUUCUUGUCAGAGGUUUUAUCGGUCUCCCAGCUGAAGGGCAAAAAACCAGGAAUCCCAUUGGCUCAAGACUAUGUACACUGUUUGAACUCGUGAGUUGUGAUGGGUUGGAUGAUUUUUGUUUGUAGAGUUCCUACGGGAAAUUGGCUUCAUCAAAUUCUGCUUUAUUCUGACUUUAUCAUACACAGCAUGCCUUGUUUUAGUGGGUUCAUGCCUGGAGCCUAAGUAUAUUAUACCUGAAUCCCCUACCAUUUAAAAGGCAAUUUAUAAACAGGGUCUUGGAGUGUGACCCCACUAAUGUGUGUGUCUGUGGUCUUGGUUAGAAACCCACUUGGCUGCCUGUCGUCAGAGAGGUGGGGGCCCUGGUGGUGGGGGAAGGUAGCUGCUGGGAAGUGAUUGAUAAGGUUUCCUUGAUGGAUUCUGUGGUGCUUCACUGGAGCUCAGAGCACUUUGGCAACUUAAGCACUCCAAAUUAAAAGCUCAUUAACAAUUCCUGCCCAAAGAUCCUGUAAAUAAUCGGCUAGCUAGGUCACAGAGCUUGGCUGAAAGCUCUCCUUCUAACUUGAAAUUUCCAAAUAAAAGUGCUUUUAUUCCCUUUCAUUUUGGAAAGUGUUUUCUUUGGGUUGGGGUAGAUUGGUGAGUGGCGUUUUCCCAGGGGAUCUGCGCAGGAUAGGGUGUUAAGAAUGUAGAGUGGUGGACAGGAAUAGGUUGCUUCUAAACCUAGGAGUUUCUUUGUUCAGAGGAUGUUGCUAGCUCUUAAGGGCACCUUUGCAACUUCUAGUCCUUUGGAAGAUGUGAUUGGUAAAAGGCAUUAAGACUUACGUGACCUGAAGAGAAACCAGAGCGUGGAAGAUUUGCGAAUUAGGUGAUAAAAAUGAUCGGUACCCAUUGAUAAUUUGACUUGGAGUUUGGUUAUCUUGACUUUUUCAGAACUUGAGGCAGACCUGGAUGUAUCCUGCAAGCAUUUCAUGUGUGGCCAUUUGCAGUGGGGCCUGUAGCUUUGUGGCACCCACCCCUUCCUCCAGUGCUGGCCUCAGUUCCUGACUUCUGAAUAUUGUUAGCCUUUACAAGUGCCCCUCCUUGACUAGACUAGGAUUCUGGAUUAUCCUCAGAGUCACCACUUCAUGGUCAUCCUUCUCAGUCCAAGCUCCGAUGUUUUAAAUGUUUAGUGUUUCUAGGUUAAGAUAAACUCCUUAGGAAGAAAAGUAUGCCAGCAGAGUACAUGAAGUUCAUCAUUCUUAAAAUAUAUACAGUUGACCAUUGAACAAUGCAGGGCUUAGGGAUGCUGACACCCCCCUCCAACAGUUGAAAAUCUGUUGAUAACUUUUGACUUCCCCCAGAGUUUACUAAUUGCUUACUGUUGACCAGGAGCCUUGCUGAUAACAUAAGCAGUUGAUUGACAUAUUUUGGAAUGUUAGAUGUAUAUCUACAUGUAUUCAAUGCAUUCAUAACAUCGUAACUUUUUCUUAAAAUUGUUUUGGUUUUUCUAGGCUAUGUGGUCUAGCUGCAAGUUUUUUCCAAGUUGUCACAAAUUUCCAAGAAAAUACCCAUUAUAUUUACUGAAAAACAUCUGCAUGUGACUCGACCCACAGAGUUCAAACCUGUGUUACUCAAGGGUCAACUCUAGUACCAGUAGCUUCGGAGAGCUCUGUACCAGCCCUGUGCUUCCCCGUAGACAGCCGUUGCGCCAAAGGAGUUUGAUUUAGGAGUUUGGAGUAUAGUGGUGGCCCUUCAGUUAUUUCAAACAGCAACCCCUGGGGAUUUGAUCCUUUCUAUUGAAAUAGACUUGUUGCAGAGACGUGUGUUUGUCCACAGCAUUGGGGCUUUCCAGCUCUCACAGAACCUUCAGCAUCCCCGGCGGCCAGUCUUGGCAUCUUCGAAGUAAGGAGAGGUCCUGGCAUUGUGGUGGUGAACAAGACAGCCACUUUCCCUGACACCAAAGAGCUUACAAAGUCAUGGGAGAGACGGAUAGUAUAGAGGCGGUUACGAGACCUCUGUGCUAGAACAAGUUUUAGAUGCUUCUGGAUGUUCAAUGCUAGCACCUUUACAGACUGGAGCAGCUCGAUUUUCUUCAUAUUUACUUUCAAGAGCAAGAAAAGUGCUGGGCUCCCACUUAUUUUCUCCCUGUGGUGUUCCGGAGUUCUGCUCCAUAUCCACCAGAAAGCUGGCGGCCCACGGCUUUGGCGCAUCCAUGGCGGCAAUGGUGUCCUUCCCUCCCCAGAGGUAUCACUACUUUUUAGUGCUGGACUUUGAGGCCACGUGCGACAAGCCGCAGAUUCAUCCUCAGGGACAGUGGGGACGGUGGGUGUGUGGAGUCCCUGGAACUUGUGAGGACGUUGGCAGUGGGAGCGUCAGGAGUCCUAACUGGGCUCGAACCACCUCAGCCUUGCGUUUGGCCUGGCAGGAGCUCGAAAUCAUCGAGUUCCCCAUCCUGAAGCUAAACGGCCGGACCAUGGAGAUCGAGUCCACCUUUCACAUGUAUGUCCAGCCCGUAGUCCACCCACAGCUCACUCCCUUCUGCACAGAGCUCACCGGCAUUAUUCAAGCCAUGGUGGAUGGUCAGCCAAGCCUGCAGCAAGUGCUGGAGAGGGUCGAUGAGUGGAUGGCGAAGGAAGGCCUCUUAGAUCCAAACGUCAAGUCGAUUUUUGUCACCUGCGGAGACUGGGACUUAAAAGUCAUGUCCUUUUUAUGUGCCUUUUGGAUGCUGGGCGAAGUUCUGUACCCAGGUGGCUGCCCAGCCUGCUGUUGGACCCAACCCUCGAGGCUCCCAGGCCAGUGCCAGUACUUGGGCCUGCCCGUGGCAGACUACUUCAAGCAGUGGAUUAACCUGAAAAAGGCUUACAGCUUCGCCAUGGGCUGCUGGCCCAAGAAUGGACUUCUAGACAUGAACAAGGGCCUCAGCCUGCAACACAUAGGCCGGCCCCACAGCGGCAUUGAUGACUGCAAGAACAUCGCCAACAUCAUGAAGACGCUCGCCUACCGAGGCUUCAUCUUCAAGCAGACGUCGAAGCCCUUCUGACUGGCCGAGGGCGGGAUGGGGCAGGACAGGGUAGCUGCUUGGCCCAGCCCAAAACCCUCCUCUCCCUCACCAGAGGGGCAAAGGGAGUGGCACAGCUCUACGGCCAGAGUGUCCCCCAGCCUGCCCUGCGGGCUUGCGCCCUGGGUCCGGCCUGGCCACGCGGCCCCUCGGGAGCAGACACUUUGUGCCCCCCACCCCCACCCCUCAACCUCAGCCCAGAAUUAGCGCCUCCCAUUGUGGGCCUGGGCUGGGGGGGCCUCUUCCUCACCGCCUCCUCCCUGGUACACAGGCUUCUGCUGGGGCCGCCGAGCCCCCCUGUGCCCCCUCCCACCUGUAGUGCAUGGUGUGUGGUGCCCCCAGGGCUCCAGGACAGAUCAGGCCCUACCUUGUGUCUCCCCCCAUCCCCGCUGUGAACGUGCCACUGAAUAAAGUCGGGGAAACGAG